UAACACAGUACAAAGCAGGGAAAGCCUCACUGUACGCACAAGGUAAAAGACGUAACGACCGGAAACAGAGUGGUUAUGGUGGUCAGUCUAAGCCUGGGUUCAGAAAGAAGGCCAAGACCACUAGAAAGAUUGUGCUGCGUAUGGAAUGUACAGAAUGCAAAUACAGAAAACAGCUUCCGAUCAAAAAGGGCCAGAUAUUCAUGUUCUAG